AUGGCUUUCGCAAGAUUCAUUGCCCAAAUAAUCAGGUUGAGAGCGCAUUUCCCUGAUUAUGCCAUAAAGAAAGUCAGGCUUGAUAAUGCUGGUGAAUUCACUUCAGCAGCCUUUAAUGACUUUUGUAUGUCUGUGGGAAUCGAUGUUGAACAUCCGGUUCCGCACGUUCAUACGCAAAAUGGCAUGGCUGAGUCAUUAAUAAAGCGGUUGCAGUUAAUUGCAAGACCGUUAAUCUUGAGAACAAAACUCCCAAUCACUGUAUGGGGACAUGCAAUAUUGCAUGCGGGAGCCUUGGUUCAAGUGAGACCAAGUGCUUAUAAUAAAUUUUCGCCCAUACAGUUGGCAUUUGGAAAUAUGCCAAAUAUAUCCCAUCUCCGGGUAUUCGGGUGUGCGGUCUAUAUCCCAAUAGCGCCACCACAGAGAUCAAAAAUGGGACCACAGAGGAGAUUGGGAAUAUAUGUCGGCCACUUUGAUGAAAAUGAAUUCCCUGCGUUAGGGGGAGGGUCGAGAGAAUCACCAAAUGAUAUCACCAAAUGGUGUACACACUCUUUGGCUUAUCUUGAUCCUCCUUCUAAUCAACGCGAGGUGGAAGUUCAGAAAAUUAUACAUAUGCAAAGAUUGGCUAACCAGUUGCCCAUGAGUUCAGAUACGAAAAGGGUGACGAAGUCCUAUAUCCCCGCUGCUAAUGCUCCAUCAAAAAUAGAAGUUCCUCAUGAACAUUUUGAUGUGAAUAGAGCAAGUGAACCGGUUCCUGAUGAACCGAAAUGUCUUGAAGACAUUUCCGAACAGGUUCUUGUAGAACCUGAUAAAGAGGUUCGUCAAGAUGACGAACCAGAGACAGAAAAAUUUGAGAUUUCCAUCUCCUUCGCCCAAAGUGGAAAAAUAUGGGCUAGAAGUGAAAUAGAUGAUGAUGGAAUGUUCUCUUUUUCUGUAGCUAAAGAGAUCGAUCAUGAAAAUGAUGAUCCAGAUCCAACUUCCGUGUCAGAGUGCCAAAAGAGGCCGGACUGGGAGAAAUGGCAAAUGGCCAUGAAGAAUGAAAUAUUCUCUCUCAAUAAACGGACUGUAGUUCAAUGGUCAAUAGAUCGCUUGAUGUUAACAAGGAUCCAUUUCGACCUAUUGAAGAUUCUGAAAAAUGUUAGGUCUGAAGUACCUUACAUGAGCGCCAUCGGGGCACUUAUGUAUCUUGCAAAUUGCACUACAUCAGAUAUAGCUUUUGCUACUAAUCUGCUUGCAAGAUACAGCUCAUCGCCUACCAGAAGACAUUGGAACGGAAUAAAACAUAUAUUCCGUUAUCUUCAAGAUGCUGGCUACUUGUCUGAUCCGCAUAAGGCUCGAUCGCAAACCGGUUAUGUUUUCACAUACGGUGGAACCGCGAUCUCUGGCGUUCCCAAAAACAAACUUUGGUUGCAACGUCUUCAAAUUAUGCGGAAAUCAUUGCUCUCCAUGAAGCAUGCAGAGAGUGUGUAUGGUUGA